CCUAUUUUCGGAGGUUAGGAGUCAACAAACAACACCAGACGAGCCAAGACGACCAGACGACUGACCAAGAGCGACAUCCCAUCAUAAAAAAUGUGUGAAUGCACUUUUAUCUCGUCCGUUGAUUUCUUCGUAAAUUCUCGGUGCAUGAACAAUUGAAACAUGAUUACUAGUCAUUCAUAAAAUGUUAAAACAACAAUGUAUUCAGUUCUCAAGUAUGUGAGUUUCUUUUCGAUAUUAAUUAUACAAAUUGGUGAUUGUACUGAUUACACGUAUGAAAUUGACUGCAAUAACCUGCGAAUGGGGCAGUAUAUCUGUCCACAUCCUGAAUAUGACUUAAUUGACCCAAAAACGCAGCAGCCGAGAGGUUGCACCAAGGAUAAUAAAGCUAAAGUUGUGUGUUUAGCAGCUGAUGGAUUAAUUUGUACAGAAUCUAGGAAUAAUACAUUCAAGAGGGAGAUUCCCUGCAAAUGGAC